AUGGACGCCAGCGGCUGGGAGUCCAAUGUGGAGCUUCAAUAUUUUCGCGAGUAUCUGCAGAUACCUAGCAUGCAUCCUAAUCCCAACUACGAGCCCUGUCUAAAGUUCUUGCAGCGUCAAGCAGAACAAUUGGAGCUACCCAUGACGGUGCAUUACCCGGUUAAUGAGCAGAAUCCAGUGGCCGUGCUAACCUGGCUGGGAGAGAACCCACAAUUGCCCUCAAUAUUGCUUAAUUCGCAUAUGGAUGUGGUGCCCGUAUUUCCGGAGAAAUGGACACACCCGCCGUUUGGCGCUGACAUUGAUACGGAAGGUCGUAUUUUUGCGAGAGGUGCUCAGGAUAUGAAAUGCGUGGGGAUGCAAUAUCUGGCAGCCAUAAGGGAACUAAAGAGCAGUGGUGUCAAGCUUAAGCGUACCAUUCAUAUCUCAUUUGUGGCAGACGAAGAACUAGGCGGCAACCUCGGCAUGCGCCCAUUUGUUACCACCGAUCAUUUUCGCGCCUUGAAUGUCGGCUUUGGAUUGGAUGAGGGUCUGGCCUCACCAACCGCAGAAUUUUCCGUAUUCAACGCGGAGCGUAGUGUAUGGCAAAUUCACUUCAAGAUCAGCGGCACUGCCGGGCACGGAUCCCUACUAUUACCGAAGACGGCCGGUGAGAAGUUAAGCUAUAUACUCGAUAAAAUGAUGGCGCUUCGAAAGGUUCAGGAGGCACGUCUCCAGAGUAAUCCCAAACUGACCAUUGGGGAUGUGACGACCAUUAAUUUGACACGCAUUGGCGGGGGCGUGCAAAGCAAUGUUGUGCCCCCCUUGUUAACGAUUUGCUUUGACGUUCGUCUGGCUCUAGAUGUUGAUCACCAGCAGUUUAAGGCUGAUUUACACAGAUGGAUGAUGGAGGCUGGCGGUGGCAUUGAAUUGGAGUACGAACAUAAGGAGCCAUAUGUACCGGCGACUCCUGUCGAUGACAGCAAUCCAUUUUGGUUGGCCUUCAAGAGGGCAACAGACGUUCUAGAACUCGUCGUAAAACUGCAAACCUUUUCUGGUGGCACUGAUAGUUGGUUUCUUCGGCAGUUGGGCAUUCCAGCAUUGGGCUUCUCGCCCAUGAACAAUACGCCCAUUUUACUGCAUGACCAUGAUGAAUUCCUGCAGGCCGAUACAUAUCUAAGAGGCAUAGAAAUAUACAAGAAGAUUAUAGCCAGUUUGGCGAGUGUUUGAAUUACAUUUUUCAAAAUAUGUUAAAUUUAAGAAAUAUAUUUCUUGGUAUUGAAUUGAUUAGAUAAUUUUUACAGAGUCUCAGGUCAUUUUAUUUGCAAAAAAUCUACUAUAUCCUCGAUACCCAUGUUAUAUAUCAAAUAUUACAUAACUUGUAUAAUGAUUAAUAAAUUGUUUAUAAGCAAGUAUGUAUAAAGGAACAGUUGUCAUUAGUUUUUUUCCACCGGAUUUAUGCAAGUUGUUUCCAUCCAAACUCCUCUAUCAGACUAGCUUCUUUUAAAUCCAGCUAAAGAAGCAUACAAAUAUUUUGUUAAUUAGCUUUUCAUUUUAAUUUCGUCAAAUAAUCGUUUUGGAAAAUUUUACAAAAAAAUAAUUAUAUUUACAGAAAA